UGUUAACUCCUCACACACGUAAAACCCAUUUCCCACCAAAUCAAAAAAAUGGAUAAACCGUCACCGGAAAACUUAAUCGUCGUUAAAAAAGAUCCCGACGGGAUAGCUUACGUCACAAUCAACCGCCCAAAGUCCUUAAACUCACUAACAAGACCGAUGAUGGUGGAUCUGGCGCGUGCUUUCAACUCUCUCAGCUCCGACGACUCCGUGGGCGUCAUCAUACUGUCCGGGUCGGGUCGCUCGUUCUGUUCGGGCGUGGAUCUGACUUCUGCAGAGGAUGUGUUCAAAGGAGACGUGAAGGAUGUGGAAACGGAUCCGGUUGCUCAGAUGGAGCGGUGCCGGAAGCCCAUAAUCGGGGCGGUUUCCGGGUUUGCUGUUACGGCGGGUUUUGAGAUCUCGCUUGCUUGUGAUAUUUUGAUUGCUUCUACUGAUGCUAAAUUUGUUGAUACGCAUGCUAGAUUUGGGAUAUUUCCUUCAUGGGGUCUGUCGCAAAAGCUUUCACGCAUAAUAGGGCCUAAUAAAGCCCGAGAAGUGUCGCUAACAGCCACCCCGUUAACUGCAGAGAAAGCAGAGAAGUGGGGAUUGGUGAACCAUGUGGUUGAAAGUAGUGAAUUGUUAAAGAAAGCCCGUGAAGUUGCAGAGGCCAUUAUGAAAAACAAUCGGGAUUUGGUGUUGAGGUACAAAGCGGUUAUAAAUGAUGGUGGCAAGCUAGAUCUUCAUCAUGCUCUUUUACUAGAGAAGGAGAGAGCGCAUGAAUAUUACAAUGGGAUGACAAAGGAGCAGUUCAAGAAAAUGCAGGAAUUUAUAGCAGCUAGAAGUUCUUCUAGAAAACCUGCUUCUAAAUUAUAGGUCUGUUUGUCUAAUGUCGGUAAAAUCAAUGUUGUUGUUGUUGUUGCAAUGAGUUACUUGUAUCUCAUGAAGUUCCGUUCCGUGGGCAAUAAAAAUGUCUUCAAAGGUCAAAAAGCAGACAUUUUUUGUU